AGACUAGCAACUGUCUCUAAAGGGAAGCUUACUUUGGCCCGAUUGUCCAAUCAGAUGAGAGGAAGCAGAACGUACUUCCGGUUUAGUUCUUCCGGGUGCUGCUCAGCUGACUGACGACCGAUAGCCAUGCGGUUUCGCUUCUGUGGAGAUUUGGACUGCCCAGACUGGGUCCUUGCCGAAAUAAGCACGUUAGCCAAGAUUUCGAGUGUAAAAAUGAAGCUACUCUGUGCUCAAGUGCUGAAGGAUUUGCUCGGGGAAGGCAUUGAUUAUGAUAAAGUUGCAAAGCUUACUGCAGAUGCAAAGUUUGAAAGCGGCGAUAUCAAAGCUAGUGUGGCAGUGCUCAGCUUCAUUUUCUCCAGUGCAGCGAAGCAUGAUGUUGACAGCGAGUCCCUGUCCAGUGAGCUGCAGCAGCUCGGUCUGCCGAAAGAACACACAACGGGGCUCUGCAAAUCAUAUGAAGACAAGCACUCCGUGCUGCAAGGCAAACUAAGAGAGACAAGUCUGAGACUGGGCCGACUAGAGGGCGUGUCCUGGCGCGUCGACUACACUCUGAGCUCCAGUGAGCUGAGGGAGGUGAAUGAACCUCUGAUUCAACUUAAACUGCAGACACAAGGCGCAGAGUCAGGCUCAACAGAGACAACCGUUGUUUCUGUUUCUGCAGACAAGUUCAGGGUCUUGCUUGCAGAGCUCAAACAAGCGCAGACGAGGAUGAAUGCACUACAAUAAAGAGUGGACGGGCAGGUCAGACCUCGAUGUCUGAUCGAUAGCCGGACACCAAUGAAGCUGUUAGAAAAUGCCACUCUUAAUAUGAAUUUAUUUGUCUUAACGUCACGUUAAGCUCAUAACAGCCUCUUUUCAUUUGUAUUAACUGAUAUUUAUCUGUAUUUUUCUUCCAAAUUAGUUAUAAUAAUUGGUGAAAAUGUGUUCAGACUGAACAGGAAUACAGAACGGACUAUUUUUGUAAAUAUAUUGUUCCCAAAUUCUGAUUUGAUUUAUUUCUAUGAUCUGUGUUACUUCUAUAACUUUUCAUUUAUAAACUCUCAUACGUAACAAAAUCAAAUCUGUAGUAUUUUCA